AUGGGUCCAUCUGUGAGAAGGCUUUACGUCCAAGGAAAGGAAAUCAAUGGUGUUGGAAUCAACGCCCGUUUCGCAGCUCACCAGGAUGUUGACGGUAGAGCCGCAACAUAUUUUCAGUACGGAGCCUCUGGGGUUCGUCUUUGCUCCAGUGGAAGAUUGAGGAACGCUGCAUUUGUGGAUUUGAAGAAUGAAGCUUUUGCUUAUCAAGCACAUCGCCAGUUAAAUGGGCUGAGGUUUCUUGGUAAGGUUCUACAGGUGCAGAGAGCCAAUAAACCUGUUGAGAACAAGAAGUCUCGGCAAAAUGAAGAAUCUUCCAAAGAUGGUCACUACUCAUUCUCUACAAUAUCAGCAGCAGCAGCAAUGAUUCAAAAUCAGGGCAGAUACUUUCUGAACUACACAGCUGGGAAUCCAUCGCUUGUGCUAUAUAUCAAAAACCUUGCCAAAGAUGUGAAUGUUGAUGAUUUCUAUUACAUAUUUGCUCAAGAGGUUCUAGGGCAAGUCAGGGGAAGGGGUUUGCGUCAUGAGAAGACGAAGAAGAAACGAGGAAGCUAA